UCGAACCCAAGAAAAUGUCAACUCUAGACGACAAUCUCGUACAACUAUUUUUAAGCUGACUCAGAGAUAUGAGGGCUCAUAUUUGCUAACAUCUUCUCAGUUGAUAUUUCAAUCAUGUUUCUGAAUUCUGCCGUCUUUUAUCUCUUCUUGUGCCUUUUUCCAUUGGCUUUGGCCACAACAAGUAGCAGUAGCAGGCUCAUCACCCAAGGUACAACCAUCACAAAGCCUAAUUGCCAGAGAAAAUGUGGAAACUUAACUGUUCCAUACCCUUUUGGCAUUGGCAUCAACACAGGUUGCUCCAUAAGCUCGUGGUUUGAUGUCAACUGCAACACUUCAUUCAGUACCCCAAAACCCUUCAUUGCCACAGGCAAUCUUGAGAUUCUUGACAUCUCAGACGACAAGGUACUCAUCAAGAACUGGGUGGCUGCAUCCUGCUAUAGCCAAUCUGGCAACUUAACACGACGAAACCCAGCAUUCAUCAACCUUGCGACCACCCCUUUUUCCUUUUCUGAUACUAACAAGUUCACUGUCUUGGGCUGCGACGAAUUUGCCCUGAUAUCCGGAUCAGAAGGGCGUAAUUUCACCAGUGGAUGUGUUUCGCUAUGUUCCAGCAGCGAGGAUUUGAUUGAAGGGGAAUGUUCUGGCAUUGGAUGUUGUCAAACUGCCAUCCCAAAGGGUCUAAAGAAGUUCAAUUCAACUGUUGGCUCUCUCAGCAAUCAUGUUGAUAUUUGGUCAUUUGACCCCUGUGGAUAUGCCUUUCUUGGGGAUCCUGGCAGCUACAGAUUCAGUGCAUCCGACCUCACCGAUGUGAGUUUUCAGAAUUGGACUACUAAUAAUGUCCCUGUGGUUCUUGACUGGGCAAUUGGUACUGAGAAUUGCAGUGAAGCUCAGAAAUACAACGAUUUUGCUUGCCUUCAGAAUAGCUACUGUAUUGAUUCUGAUACUGGAUUUGGAGGAUAUCGGUGUAGCUGUUUGAAGGGGUACGAUGGGAAUCCAUAUCUUAGUCCAGGCUGCAUAGAUAUCAACGAAUGUGAAAAUAAUCCUUGUGGCGAACAUGGGGUUUGCAUUAAUACACUGGGCAGUUUUAACUGUUCUUGCAAGAAGGGAUAUAUUGGUGACGGGACAAAAGAGGGGCGUGGUUGCAUUGCUGAGAACUCUCAGUUUCCUGUUACCAAGUUUUCAUUAGGUAUAAGCUUUGGGUUCUUGGCCUUAAUAAUUGCUGCGACAGUGGUGUACUUCAGCAUAAAAAAACGGAAUCUCAUGAAACUAAGAGAAAAAUUCUUCCAGCAAAAUGGUGGGUUGCUGUUGAAGCAGCAACUUUCCUCAAACGAGAUGAGUAUGAAAUCAUCCAAGAUCUUCACAGCCGAAGAACUUGAAAAGGCCACCAAUAAUUAUGCAGACGACCGCAUACUAGGCCGAGGUGGUUAUGGUACGGUGUACAAAGGAAUCCUCCAUGACAAACAAAUCGUGGCCAUCAAAAAGUCACGAGUAAUGGAUCAGACUCAAAUAGAGCAGUUCAUCAAUGAGGUGAUUAUCUUGACCCAAGUCAACCACCGAAACGUUGUCAAGCUUCUUGGAUGUUGUUUGGAAACUGAAGUACCUCUAUUGGUCUAUGAAUAUGUUUCAAAUGGUACGCUCUUUUACCACAUCCACAACAGUGGAGGACUGCCUUGGUUUUCUUGGGACAAUCGUUUAAGAAUUGCGACAGAGGCUGCUGGUGCAUUAGCUUAUCUCCAUUCUGCAGCUGCAAUGCCUAUUAUUCACAGAGAUGUCAAAUCUCCCAACAUACUAUUGGACGAGUACUACACAGCCAAGAUAUCAGACUUUGGAGCCUCAAGAUUGGUCCCAAUAGAUCAAACACAAGUCUCCACCCUAGUCCAAGGAACCUUAGGUUACUUGGACCCUGAGUAUUUCCACACGAGCCAGUUGACAGAAAAAAGUGACGUUUACAGCUUCGGGGUGGUGCUGGCUGAGCUCAUGACAGGAAGGAAACCACUAGCCAACACGAAAAACGAAGAAGAAAAGAGCCUGGCGACAUUCUUCAUCUUGUCAUUAAAAGAAGACCGCUUGUUCCAAAUUCUGGAUCCUCGUGUGCUAAGAGAAGGAAGUUUGGAGCAAAUCCGGACUGUUGCUGAGCUGGUGAAGCGGUGUUUGAGGCUACACAGUGAGGAGAGGCCGACGAUGAAAGAUGUGGCAAUGGAACUGGAAGGUUUAAGGAAGCUUAGCAAACAUCCUUGGGCUCAACAAGAAGUUGAAGAGGAGGCUGUAGGGCUAAUGAGUCAGCAAUCUGAUUUAUAUACAGUGGCAAUAGAUUCAGGUAUUAUUAGUACGGGCGAGUAUUCUGGACAGCAUAGUUUGGACAGCCGCAUGAUACACCCCAUCAACAGUCCUCGCUGAGCAAUGAACCGGUCAUACCGUUAACCAUCAUACAAAGGUUCUUCAACCACAAAAUUGCGUGAUCGCUGUCUUCCUUAAUCAUUUUAAUCUGUCAAAAACUGUGUGUCUUGUCAUUUGUGUCCCAGUGUGUUUGUGCGAAAUUUGCGUGCAUAGGCAUAUCCUCUGCCCUUUUGCUAUCUUUCAAUUCAACGGUUAACCUUUUGUCUUAUUGUGAUAAAUGUUGAGAGUUACAGCAUUA